GCGCUGUAUGACUACAUCCAUGGGGACUCUAAAAAUGUCUGCUGGUGCUUUUGUUCUAGUGUUGGCUGUCAACUUCUUUUUGUGUUCUGGAGACACGACAAUGCUAGAGAAAAGAACAACGUCUUAUGAAAGAGAGAAAAUCAAGAAAUCUGUUUUGUUGCUGAAUUUAAAAGCUGAAACUUUGAACUACGUGAAAACUGUGGACACAAUGGCUGACUUUCUGAAAUCGUUUGAAGACCCAUGAAAACUAAAAGGUGCAGACUUGUCAAUGUCCUUACAGAUGUCACAUUCUGGUAGAGAUGGGUACAGUGACGAUACGGCUCAGAUUCCAUCACCUACAGAGUUAAACAACAGUAACCUCAUAGAACACAUGCAAACAGUGAAUGACAAACUUAGAGCAAUUGACGUAAAGCUCAACGAGACCAUCACAAGGAACAACCAAACAAACCGAAUGAUAGAAGCUUUAAACACAACUAUUCAAGAGAUGAAAAACGACUACGACGUCAAUCAUGAGUUGUCACGGAUGACACUGCUGUGCAAAAAGAACGACAAAACUGAUGUACCAGAACGAACGACCGUCAGACUUGGUCUAGACAAAUUGGCUUUGUGCGACACAAAAACUGACGGUGGAGGUUGGAUCAUUAUUCAGAGACGUGUUUUGGGUGAUGUGAAUUUUACGAGAGAUUGGGACGCCUAUAAAAACGGAUUUGGUUCAUUGGUUGGAGAUUUCUGGCUUGGGAAUGACUGGAUCUCUAACCUAACUUUGAUGGGAUACAAUGAACUGAGAAUCGACAUGACUCAAAAAGGUAAAAAGUACUACGCCCAUUACGAUCAUUUCAAGGUAGACAACGAAGCAGCGUCGUAUAAAAUAUCCUUCUCGUCAUUCAGUGGAAAUGUUUACGACAAACUAAGAGUUCAUCAUGGUAUGAAGUUUUCUACCAUCGACAGGGACAAUGAUAUAUACAGCGGAGAUUGUGCUCGACAGAAUAAAGGUGGUUGGUGGUAUUAUGCCUGUAAAGAUGUAGAUUUAAAUGGUGUUUGGGGUACAACACACACUUCUACAGGAAUAUUCUGGGUUGAUUUAUCAAGUGAUGGACAUAUCGCAGACUCAGUUGAGAUGAAAGUACGUCAAGUGUAA